CUCUCCAUCUGAAUCGCCAUCUCCGCACCUCGCAUCUCUCUCUCUGGGUGCUCGGAGCUCGCCGUUCGCCGGACCAGUUGGGGGAGAGCAGCGCCAGCUGUCAGUUGAUCGCCAGCCGUGCAUUCGUUCGGUCAGUGCCUCCAUCAGAUCGCCGAACGUCAACAGCAGCGCCAGCAACAAAAAGAAUAAUAAGAGCACCAAGAACAACAACAGCAAUAGGAAAAAAUCCCCAACAUUUGAGUAAACAACAAUCGAAUGAGAAAUGUUACGCCGAGGGAAAUCUGGCAUAAUUGUAGCUAUGCUGAUCUUGGCCAGCCUCUGCCUGGGUCGCUGCGAAGCCUACUUUAGCUUGGAGAUUGGCGAUCCCUGUCCCACCGUGGGCUACCGCAGCCGUUGCCAGGCGGCAGAGGAGUGCGGUACGAUAGCAUCGCACAUCCAGGUCGGACGCCUGACGCCCCAAACGAUUGAGGGAUGUGGAUUCACCAGUCACGGCGAGAAGAUAUGCUGCCCACUCGAGAAUGCCCAAGGCAUGGAGGUGCUGCGCAUCGAUCCAAAUGAAUCCCCAGCGACAUCCACAACCACAACGACCACCAGCUCAACAACAACAACAACAACAACGACAACCACAACAACAACAACCACUACAACCACACCGAUUCCGUGGUUGAAUAUUUUCCAAACGGAUCGCGAUUACCUCCUGCAGUCGAUAAAACCCACCCGACGUCCGACGCGGAACAGCUUUGUUUAUCCGGACACCACGGAGGGGGCAGAAUGCAGGGCCCCACUGUAUGAGGGCGAGUGCCGGGUCGUCUCCGCCUGCCCCAGCGUGGAGCCGCUCCUGUCGCAAGGUCGACUGCGCGACGAGGACUUCAUGACAUGUCGUGACGGAGCCCGGGAGGAGAUCAUCUGCUGCCCCCUCAAUCUUCCCCUGCAGCCACGAGGCCAGGUCAAGACCGGUCCCCGCCUGGGUGUCCCCUUGCCCACGCGAGCCCCGGUCCCUCAAGAGGUGGAUCCUCAGGAGGCGGCCGCCAUUGCCACGGCAGACGACCUGCUGCCCCACUACCGCCACCUGGGGGCCCUAGCCCAUCCUAAUGCCGCCUUCGACGGACAUCUGCAUCACUGCUCCGCCAUUGUCCUGACACCGCAGUUUCUCCUGAGUGCCGCUGGCUGCAAGCGGCCCAGCCAUGUUGUUUUCGGAGUAGCAGACAUGCGGGACGUCGACGUGGACGAGGACUACCUGGUGGACAUUGUGCGUUUGGCACAGUUCCGGAGGGAUCUGGCGCUGAUGCGGCUGCAGGAGCCCCUGCGUCUGGGGAGCGAGGCGUCUGCGAACGUCCGUGUGGCACCCAUCUGCAGCCAGUUCGAGCUGACGCGUCUCCAGGUUAGUGGUCGCCUGGUGGCCGUCGGCUGGGGCAAGGGGGAAGACGCCGAUUGCCCUAUGUACGAGAUUACCAUGCGGCUGCGUCCCACCUGGGCAUGCGCCGACCUUCCCAACUACGGCAGCGUUCAGGAGCUGCCCAGCUCGCACCUGUGCGUGGAGCCCCAGCAGCCGGAGACGGACCUGAAACCCUUCUCCAACGCCAGUUCCUGCGCACCAUGCCCGGGCACCGUGGGCAGCGUGCUACACCUUGUGCGGCCCAACGCCAGCCGCUGUGUCCUGGGCAUCGCCACGCCCACGGGCGUCGAUUGCGAGGCCCACGUCAUGUACUACACGAACCUCCUCAGCCCCCAAUUCACGCUCUUCGUGGAGCAGCAGCAGCGGCAGCAGCAGUAGUCGAAAUCGUAGUCCCACAAUCCAACUCGUAGUUACUUAAGUUUAGUUAGUAUAAGCUGUUUUAUUUGUUUAUGCCAGUGUUUUAGCGAUAUGUAGAGAAAGAGAGCGGGUCCAGUGCGACCCACACACUAGUACCAGUAUGACCCCCCCCCCCCUAAUUAAGGCAGCAUCAAAAUAAGACGACAAAAAGAAUUUAAAGCAUCAGAGAUCAAUAUACACAUACUCGGUCGGAUGUAAGGAAAUACGGAAAUAUAGCUCUAUGUUCUCCAAUUUCA